GUAAACAUGCCUCUCACAAAGGAUCUGCUUCAUCCCUCUCCAGAAAUGGAGGAGAGGAAACACAAGAAGAAGCACAUGGUACAGAGCCCCAAUUCCUGCUACGUGGAUGUGAAGUGCCCAGGAUGCUACACAAUCACCAUGGUUUUUAGCCAUGCACAAAUGGUGGUUUUGUGGGCUGGCUGCUCCACUGUCCUCUGCCAGCCUACAGGAGGAAAAGCAAGGUUUACAGAAGGAAGUUCCUUCAGAAGGAAGCAGCACUAA